AUGUUAAGAGUAAUAAACAGCGAUGAUGAUUACAAUCCAGUGGUACAGCAACAAACUAUCCUGGCUUUUGGGGAAACCUCUUCCCUACUUUGGAUGGGCAAUCCUAGCUCAAAUUAUCGGUGUGAAACAGGAGGAAAUGGUAGCGACAAGGGCCGGGACCGCAUCAAAAGACCCAUGAAUGCAUUCAUGCUGUGGUCUCGAGACCAGAGGCGCAAGGUGGCUCUAGAAAAUCCCAAAAUGCAAAACUCAGAAAUCAGCAAGCGUCUGGGAAACCAGUGGAAAAUGCUUACAGAAACCGAAAAAUGGCCGUUCUUCGAGGAGGCACUGAGGCUCCGUGACGAGCACAGAGAGAAAUACCCGGACUACAAAUAUAGACCUCGUCGGAAGGUCAACAUACCACCGAAAAGUGACUAUCGCACCCCGCAGAUUUCCUCUUCAAUACUAUGCAGCCGGAUCCAUGUGGAGGGGCGGUUGCACCCUAUCCCAUACAGCCGCAUCUCUACUACGACCACACACUCACGAAUGGAGGACCAGUUAAGCCGCUUGCAACCCAUGAAUAGAGUCAGCUCGGUGCUGCGACAGGAGCAGGGCCGCAGCUUCACAGGCCUGUGA